GAGCAAAUACUCCAGAGGUAAGCAUUUCCCCCCUUCCGCAUGACAUACUGUUGCGAGUUUGCAGGACAGGAGGCUCUCCCGAUCUCUCAGGCUGACCCUCCGCCUUUAAUUGCGCAUGGACAAUUCCAGAAUGAACUCUUUUUUGGAGUACACCAUUUGUAACCGUGGGACGAACGCUUACUCGCCCAAGGCUGGAUACCACCACUUGGAUCAGGCGCUCUCGGGCCCCUUCCAUACCGGACACGCAAGUGACAGCUAUAACGCUGAUGGACGACUUUACGUAGGGGGGAGCAACCAGCCAGCAGCAGCAGCACAACAUCAGCACCAGAGCGGCGUUUACGCGCAUCCCCAGCACCAAACUCAUGGCCUUACCUACGGUGGCACGGGGACUACGAGUUAUGGGACCCAGGCCUGCGCCAACCCGGACUAUGCUCAACACCAGUAUUUCAUUAACCCUGAGCAGGAUGGGAUGUAUUAUCACUCAUCGGGGUUUUCAAACUCAAAUGUCGGUCCUCACUAUGGCUCCAUGGCUGGUGCAUACAGCGGGGCGCAGGGAGCCGUUCCUGCCGCACCUUACCAGCAUCAUGGAUGCGAAGGCCAGGACCACCAGCGAGGAUACUCACAAGGCACCUACGCCGACUUAUCGGCCUCCCAAGGGAGGGAGAGGGACAUGGAUCAGUCGCCACCUGGGAAGACAUUCGACUGGAUGAAAGUCAAAAGGAACCCUCCUAAAACAGCUAAAGUGGCCGAUUACGGACUGGGACCACAAAACACAAUCCGGACGAAUUUCACAACGAAACAACUCACGGAGCUCGAGAAAGAGUUUCACUUCAGCAAGUAUCUCACGCGAGCGCGGCGCGUCGAAAUCGCUGGCACGCUCGAGCUGAACGAGACACAGGUGAAGAUAUGGUUUCAGAACCGCCGAAUGAAACAGAAGAAGCGAGAGAAGGACGGCCUGGCGCCUGCUUCGUCCACCUUGUCUAAAGACCUCGAGGAUCACUCUGAUCCCUCAACUUCAACAUCUCCAGGAGCUUCUCCAAGCCCGGAUUCCUAACCGAUGGCAAGAGUUCCGGGUGCUUUGAACCACAGAUUCGAAAUAUAUACUAAAGUCUAUUAAUUUAAGCAUUCCACAAUGUGCCCGAAAGCCCUUCUCGUUUUUAUGAUGGACGAUUACGAAUUGUUUAAGGUGACUUUUAGCACAACAACGAACAGAGUUACACCGUCUGCUCGAACAAAAUUUCAAAUACUCCCUGGAAACGUUUGUGUGUGUUAUAUACAGGGUAUUUCUAUUAUAAAUAUAAUGCACUUUCACAAUGUUUACAAGUCUCUAAACGAACCUAACUGACUUUACAGGGAGCUAAUUGUGUCGUCAAAAUGUGUAUUGUUUUUUGUUGCGUUUAUGAAAAUGUAUUUUUAUUUGAUGUAAACAUUUCAUAUAUUUUAUUUUUGAGGAUUGUAGCUAUAGGGGCUUUUGGACUCCUUGCACUAUACGUUUACAGGGUAGGCCUUUACUGAACACCAGCACAAUUUACUAGAACGAUUCUUUCUCAGUGGGCACUGUGUAGGCCUAUUCAAUUAUUUGUCAAUUUACAGUGAUAAAUAAUUAAAACUGUGUUGCUAGCCAUGCCUAAUUUACUAUAAACAUUUGAAUUUGGAAAGGUUCUAUUCCGUUUGUAAUAAAUAAAUAAAUAAAUAAAAAUAAAAAAAGCAAUGCAGAGUGUUUAAAUGUACUUUUCUUAAAACAUGUAAAUAAUUUGAUAUUUUAGCCUAGUAUUUUUUUGUUUAUGCGCAGACGAGCUGAGUUUUAUUAGUUACUGUCUGUAUGAUUCCGUAAUCUAAAUGUCUCAAUCAUAUGUUUCUGUAAGUCCUUUAUCUACCUCGAAUAAAAACAAUA